UCCGCGCUUCUGAGCGCACGCACCCAACACCGGAAGUCAACCGAAGGGUUCAUCGCGCAUGCGCAAUCCUCUCUCUCUCUCUCGCGUUCGACCUCCACUCGUCACCGCCCUCUUAAUCAUCUCCAGCUCCAGUGCUUGACCCGACGAGGACGUCCUAUCGUCAUGUAUGCCUGUGCUAAGUUCGUCUCGACGCCCUCUCUGGUCCGUGCAGGAUCUCGGGCUCUGUACAGGCCACUGUCAGCAGCUGUAGUAUCGGAUGGUAAGAGGGCAGAGACUACUGCAUUCCUCCCACUACAUGGAAUUGCCACCUCCCAGCAGCAGGUGUUGCUGCGUGGAUUUCAGACCAGCGCGGUGAGCCGUGACAUCGACACUGCUGCCAAGUUCAUUGGAGCUGGAGCUGCCACUGUCGGAGUGGCAGGAUCUGGAGCUGGUAUUGGGACAGUGUUCGGUAGCCUCAUCAUUGGAUAUGCCAGGAACCCUUCUCUGAAGCAACAGUUGUUCUCUUACGCCAUCCUGGGCUUCGCGCUCUCCGAGGCCAUGGGUCUCUUUUGUCUGAUGGUUGCGUUCCUCAUUCUGUUUGCAAUGUAACCCAUUUUAAGAUUGCUGCAGCCAGGGACGUGUCACAAUGUUAGCAAGAAUGAGCAGUCUGCAUGUCCGUGAAUGGUACAAGAACUCAAUCAUGGUG